ACCAAGCUGUCACUUUCAAAACCCCUCGUCAACAGCGACCCUCCCAAACGCCUCACCAUCACUUUUCUCUUCCUAUCAAAUCCUCCUUCUCCAUCCCCCGUUUCCACUUAUCCAAAUAUAUACAAUCUGGAUACGAUGUGCGAGCAGCCAAGUGCUUCCGACGGUACGCGUGCCACGGCACAAAACCCGGUUUUGGGCCGGAUUCCUACUCUAGUGGGCUCUCCCCUGAGCGGGGUUGCAAGUCCAAUACCGUCCACGUUUAGGCCGAAUGUGGGUCUAGUGAGCCCGCACUUACAGCAAAUGGAAGCCGUCUGGUAUCAGCGCUAUACCGAUCAGGUUGACAAGUUUCAGGCCCAACGUUUUCUCCGCUUCAAGGAGGUUGAGUCCGAGUGGUUCCAACGCUAUCAGAGCACAGCGCGUGAGGCAUCCGAUCAAUCUGUUAAAAUCGCGAACCUUAUUGUUGAGUCCUCACCUCCAGUUUUUCUAUUAUAUCUAACAGGGAUUUAGGUGACAAUUUUGCAUGAGAAAGCCGAGAGCAUGAGAUUGGAAAACAAAUUCAACCUCCGUGGGGCUUUGGGUAAUAAUCACAAACUCUAUCUAUUUAGCUGUCACUAACACUCAGUUGUAGAACUUAUUGUGUAUCAUGCGAGACUUAUCAAGAAAAUCGAUAGGAACAGCGUGCACGGCAUCCAGCAUGGCAUCGAUGAACUCGCAAGGACACCCGCACUGGUUGCCGCCCUUCAGGAUCAAGCAUCUGCCUGCCAGCUUGCCCUCCCAGAUGUCACUAAACGUAUCGGUUGGAUCUAUGAUACGGUUUCCAAACACGACAAUGGUAAUGAGUACGUCCCUACUCUUUGGGAGGACGAUUAUACUAGGGAGGAAUGUGCUGUGCUGGUUGCUUUCUUGGAGGUCCAGAGAGGGUGGACCGGUGGCUUCAUGUGGCGGAAAGUGAAACGGAUGAAACAAAUCUGACACUGAGGAGGCUGCUUUGAUUUACUUGAGUCACAUCCUCUUUUGCUAGUCAUUGUGUGUACCCUGCUGUCAGAGAAUUCCAGAGAGAACUCGGUGAAGGCCAUUGUUCUUGGCGGUAGUAGGGAAAUAAAGCAUUAGAUACAGGGUGAUUACUUCUGCACAAACUGGCACAGAUUGCUUGAAAUUGCUUGCACUGGUCUUGUUUUGGCUUAUCAAUAACCACAUCUCAAUAGGAACCCUGUCGAAAGGACAUAGACCUAGUACUAACUGGGUUGAUCUGUCAAUAAACUUUCUCUGCCCAACAGCCCGCCCAGUGGACCCAAUUUUUGCAUUGAUCAGAUUGUAGUGUGUUUGAUAGAGGUGGAAGGUUGUGAUAUCUGGUUAAGAAAUCGCUUCUAAACUGAGAGGAGCUUCAUGAAAGUUUAAAUUUUACUUUUUUUGAACUACUCAACAGGGAUCAGCAUUCCAACCUCCAGCUUUAGUUUCUCCUCUCUUCAGAUUUCUUUGCUUUAUCUCUCAUCUCUUAAAUAUAAUUUUAUGUCUGAUUGUUC